AUGAACAAAAACAUUUUAAAACCAAGUGCAAGUGGCUCGUCUUCCACGACAGUCAAAACCAAAAAAUCAUCAUCAUCAUCAGAAGCCGCUGCAGCAACAACAACUGCGUCGGUAAGCAGAAAUGCGCCGCUUCUCCGACCUGUUCGUCGAAUUAUUCAAAACUUCCUUCUCGUCUGGCUCGAUGCGAAUAUUGACGAGACCAAGGAAGAUUUUAAAAAUUCAUUAAAAAAUCUACAGCAUAUUGUGGCAUCCAUUACGACGUUUACGGAUGCUCAAGAAUGUUUCGAAUUUCUUGGCGAAAUUAAAAAAGAAAAAGUUUUCAUAAUUGUAUCUGGUUCAAUUGGACAAAACUUUGUACCCAAAAUCGAAACAUUGCCACAAUUAGACUCAAUUUAUGUCUUUUGUGGCAAUAAAUCAUUUCACGAACCAUGGGCCAAUACAAUCUCAAAGGUCAAAGGUGUUUACACCGAUAUUAAACCAAUUUGUGAAGCACUUGAAAUCGAUCGUGAACGAUGUGAUCGAGCUAUGGUUUCGAUCAGUUAUAAUGGUCUAGAUCCGCUAUUUAUGUAUACGCAAUUAUUAAAGGAAGCACUUUUACAAAUCGAAGACGAUGAUAAAAAAGCUAUUAAAGGCCUUGUUGAUUAUUGCCGUCUGGAACAAGAUAUACCAGAAGAUCAAAUUGAAAAAAUUGAACGUGAAUAUCGUGCUCAUACGCCAAUAUGGUGGUAUACAGCCGAAACGUUCAUUUAUCCCGUACUUAAUCGUGGACUUCGACAAAUGGAUGUCGAUAUUAUAAUGAAAAUGGGCUUCUUCAUUCGCCACUUACACAAUCAUAUCGCUGAAUUACAUCGUCAACAACAAGGUACUGUGCCAGCUAAAUUUCAAGUCUUUCGCGGACAAGGUUUGUCCAUGGAAGACUUUGAAAAGAUGAAAAAAACCAAAGGAGGACUUAUGUCCUUUAAUAAUUUCUUAUCGACCAGUCGCAAUCGCAUGGUCUCAUUUAACAAUUUCGCACGGCUAGCCACAAGGAAUACUACUUCUGUUGGUAUCCUCUUUGUUAUGACCAUCGACACGGCUAUUUGCAUGAAAUCAUCAACACCUUUCGCCGACGUCAGCAAAGUUAGCUUCUUUAAAGGCAAAGAAGAAGAAAUUCUGUUCUCGACGCAUACAAUUUUUCGCAUCGACCGCAUUGAAAAAAUUCACGACGAGCGUACGGAUCGCCUAUGGCAGGUCAAUCUCACCCUCGCAGGUAAUCAAGAUGAUGAUUUUAAUAAACUUACGGCACAUCUGCGCGAAGAAUUUAAUUGGACAAAAGGAUGGCCUCGACUAGGUUCUAUACUUAUUAAAUUAGGUAAGCCUGCACAAGCAGAACAUCUCUAUCAGAUACUCCUCGAAAAGGCAUCUACUGACAAAGAACGAUCGGAUUAUAAUCUUCAACUUGGUCGGGUGUAUGAUAAUAUGGGCGAGUACUCGAAGGCACUUUCAUCGUAUGAACAAUCACUUGAAAUCCGAAAAAUAGCUCUCCCUCCAAAUCAUCCCGACUUGGCUGCUUCCUAUAACAACAUCGGUUUGGUGUAUAAUAACAUGGGAGAUUAUUCGAAAGCACUUUCAUCGUAUGAAAGAUCACUUGAAAUCCAGAAAAUAGCUCUCCCUCCAAAUCAUUCCGAUUUGGCUACUUCCUACAACAACAUCGGUAAUGUGUAUAAUAACAUGGGCGAGUACUCGAAAGCACUUUCAUCGUAUGAGCGAUCACUUGAAAUCAAGAAAAUAGCUCUCCCUCCAAAUCAUCCCGACUUGGCUGCUUCCUACAACAACAUCGGUUUGGUGUGUUAUAACAUGGGCGAGUACUCGAAAGCACUUUCAUAUUACGAAAAAGCACUUGAUAUCGACCAAAAAGCUCUUCCUCCGAAUCAUCCUGAUUUAGCUUCUGACUACAACAACAUCGGUUUGGUGUAUAAUAACAUGGGCGAAUACUCGAAAGCACUUUCAUAUUACGAAAAAUCACUUGAUAUCGACCAAAAAGCUCUCCCUCCGAAUCAUCCUGAUUUAGCUUCUGACUACAACAAUAUCGGUUUGGUGUAUUAUAACAUGGGCGAGUACUCGAAAGCACUUUCAAAUUAUGAAAAAGCACAUGAAAUCGAUCGGAAAACUUUACCACCGAAUCAUCCAUAUAUCGCACAAUCGAAACGAAACAUUGAAAAUGUAAAAAAGAAGAUGUAA